GUAGAGUUGCUCUUAUCCAAACCCCAUAUCGUCGCGUUGACAAUGGGAUCGUCGUGAUCGGAGAUUCCUCACGCCUUGCUGCAGCAGAUACCAAGGCUCUUCAAGGAACCGAGCCGAAGCCACUCACUGACUGGAUUCGCCAUGAGACCGCCGUCUCCUCUUUUGCUCCCGUUACUCCUGCUUCUCCUUCUCCUCCCGUCGCCGCCCGCGGUGGCGACGGCGGCCGACCGCAGGACCGCGUCUCCGGCCACGCAGGAGGGGGCGGCCGCCGGGGUCCUCAGCCGGCUCCUCCCUUCCCACGCGCUCAGCUUCCGGUUCCAGAUCGACCCCAAGCGUGGCGUCUGUGGCGACUCGAACUGCUUCAGGAUAAGCAAUCUUGAUGGCUCGGGUACAGGCGGUGAAGAGAUUCUGAUCCAGGGUACCACUGCUGUUGAGCUUGCAUCUGGACUCCAUUGGUACCUCAAAUACUGGUGUGGGGUGCACAUUUCCUGGGAUAAGACUGGUGGUGCACAACUGGCAUCAGUCCCUCCGCCUGGGUCUCUGCCGCGAGUGAAGGGAACAGGAGUGAAGAUUGAGCGCCCUGUUCCGUGGAAUUACUAUCAGAAUGUCGUCACCUCCAGCUACUCCUUUGUGUGGUGGGAUUGGAGAAGAUGGGAGAAAGAAAUUGACUGGAUGGCACUUCAAGGAAUUAACUUGCCUUUAGCAUUUACUGGACAGGAAGCUGUUUGGCAAAAGGUUUUUAAGAGUUUUAAUGUCACCGACAGAGAUUUAGAUGAUUUUUUUGGCGGACCAGCUUUUCUUGCUUGGGCUAGAAUGGGGAACUUGCAUGCAUGGGGUGGACCACUUUCACAAAUUUGGUUGGAUCAACAAUUGGCACUGCAGAAGAAAAUAUUGUCUCGUAUGAUUGAGCUUGGAAUGGUCCCAGUUCUUCCAUCAUUCUCAGGAAAUGUACCCGUUGCGUUUAAAAAGUUGUUUCCAUCUGCCAGCAUAACCAGACUCGGUGACUGGAACACUAUUGAUGGUAACCCUAGGUGGUGCUGCACUUAUAUUCUUGAUCCUUCAGAUGCAUUGUUUAUUGAUGUGGGGCAGGCUUUUAUCAAGCAACAAAUGAAAGAAUAUGGUGACAUCACCAGCAUCUAUAAUUGUGACACAUUCAAUGAAAAUACACCACCGACCAAUGAACCGACAUAUAUUUCAUCACUUGGUUCUGCUAUCUAUGAAGCAAUGUCGAGAGGUAACAAGGAUGCAGUGUGGUUAAUGCAGGGUUGGCUAUUCUACUCGGAUGCAGUUUUCUGGAAGGAGUCUCAGAUGAAAGCACUACUUCAUUCUGUUCCAAUUGGUAAGAUGAUGGUCCUUGAUUUAUUUGCUGAUGUCAAGCCCAUAUGGCAAACGUCCUCUCAAUUCUAUGGUGUACCAUACAUCUGGUGCAUGUUACACAAUUUUGGUGGUAAUAUUGAAAUGUAUGGAGUACUAGAUUCAAUUUCAUCUGGCCCCGUUGAUGCGCGUACAAGCUACAAUUCAACAAUGGUUGGUGUUGGCAUGUGUAUGGAGGGAAUAGAGCACAAUCCAGUUGUUUAUGAGCUUAUGUCUGAAAUGGCAUUCCGUAGUCAAAAGGUCAAAGUUGAGGAUUGGUUAAAAACAUACUCUCAUAGGCGAUAUGGCCAAUCAAAUGUUGAAAUACAGAAAGCUUGGGGAAUCCUGUAUCAUACACUAUACAAUUGCACAGAUGGAAUUGCGGAUCACAAUAAAGACUACAUAGUUGAAUUUCCAGACAUGAGUCCAAGUUCUUUCAGUUCCCAGUAUUCCAAAAGAAGUAUCUCACUUGCGAGGAAACAUCCGAGGUUCUUCUUAAGCGAGGUCUCUGCAAGCCUACCACAACCGCAUCUAUGGUAUUCUACAGAGGAGGCCAUCAAAUCCCUUGAACUAUUUCUUAAUGCAGGAAAUGAUCUCUCAAAAAGUCUCACAUAUAGGUAUGACCUCGUUGAUCUGACAAGGCAGUCACUGUCCAAAUUAGCAAAUAAAGUGUACCAUGAUGCUAUAAGUUCCUACCAAAAGAGGGAUUCAAGUGGUUUAAACUUCCACACGAAGAAAUUCCUCGAACUCAUUGUGGAUAUCGACACACUACUAGCUUCUGAUGAUAAUUUCCUGCUGGGCCCUUGGUUGGAAAGUGCAAAAAGUCUUGCUAUGACGGAAGACGAACGGAAGCAGUACGAGUGGAAUGCUAGAACACAGGUGACAAUGUGGUACGACGACACAAAGACUGAGCAGAGCAAAUUGCACGACUACGCAAAUAAAUUUUGGAGUGGGCUUCUGAAGAGCUACUACCUUCCAAGGGCAUCUAAAUACUUCAGUCGGUUAUCCAGAAGCCUCCAAGAGAACCGGAGUUUUCAACUGGAGGAAUGGAGGCGAGAUUGGAUCUCGUAUUCUAACGAAUGGCAGUCCGGGAAGGAGCUGUACCCUGUGAAAGCCAUUGGUGAUUCUUUGGCGAUCUCCAGGUCUCUCUUUACAAAGUAUUUCAGGUAGCUGUGGGAUGGGGCCACAAAACUACGAGGCUUGUUUGUCAUGGAGCAAAAUAAUGUACACAUGAGUUGCUGUGAAGUGAACGUGAGAUUAUAACUCCGUACAUCUGCUCUUGAUUCCGCAAGUAUUCUCACCUCAUGUAAAAGGUUAAACCGUAAAUACUUUUUCAGUGGGUAAUGUACAUUGAUCCAUAACAAAACUGCACACCUUUGAUGUGA